AUGGCGGCCUCGGCCCUGUAUGCCUGCACCAAGUGUACCCAGCGCUAUCCGUUCGAGGAGCUCUCCCAGGGCCAGCAGCUCUGCAAGGAAUGUCGGAUUGCGCAUCCUAUUGUAAAAUGUACUUACUGCAGAUCAGAAUUUCAACAAGAGAGCAAAACUAAUACAAUAUGUAAGAAGUGUGCUCAAAAUGUGAAGCAAUUUGGCACACCUAAGCCUUGUCAAUACUGUAACAUAAUUGCAGCAUUUAUUGGUACAAAGUGUCAGCGUUGUACAAAUUCAGAAAAAAAAUACGGACCACCUCAGACCUGUGAACAGUGCAAACAACAGUGUGCUUUUGAUCGAAAGGAGGAAGGAAGAAGAAAGGUUGAUGGAAAGUUACUAUGCUGGCUCUGUACUUUAUCAUACAAGAGAGUUUUACAGAAGACAAAAGAACAGAGGAAGAGCCUGGGAUCUUCACAUUCAAACUCAUCUUCUUCAUCUCUUACUGAGAAAGACCAGCAUCAUUCAAAACAUCAUCACCACCAUCAUCACCAUCACCAUCGUCACAGCAGUAGCCAUCACAAAAUCAGCAAUCUGAGUCCAGAACAAGAGCAGGGACUGUGGAAACAGAGCCAUAAAUCCUCUGCAGCAAUUCAGAAUGAAACUCCAAAGAAAAAGCCCAAAUUGGAAUCUAAGCCAUCUAACGGAGAUAGUAGCUCUAUAAAUCAGUCAGCAGAUAGUGGGGGAACAGACAAUUUUGUCCUUAUAAGUCAACUGAAAGAAGAAGUGAUGUCACUUAAACGUCUCUUACAGCAGAGAGACCAGACCAUUUUAGAAAAAGAUAAAAAGCUAACCGAACUAAAGGCGGACUUUCAGUAUCAAGAGUCAAAUUUGAGAACAAAGAUGAACAGUAUGGAAAAAGCUCACAAAGAAACUGUGGAACAACUUCAGGCCAAAAACAGAGAACUACUCAAACAGGUCGCAGCAUUGUCAAAGGGUAAAAAGUUUGACAAAAGUGGAAGCGUACUAACAUCCCCUUGA